AUGGAGGGUUGGAUGGUGCAAGUUUUGGCACCAGAUGAAUUGGAUUGGGAGCUCACUGCGAGGGGCUUCGACUGUGCAAAUUGGACAGUUGAUAAAUGUCGCGAAUUUUUAAUUACUUUAUUGCAAGAAGGUAGAUUGCCUGAACCUAUUGAGGGUAAUCUUGGUGAAGUUUGUGAUCAAGCGAUUAAAUUGUGUAAAGAAAUCAGUGAUGAUAUAAAGAAUAAUGCUUUGACUCGGGGCUCAUAUAAUAAUUAUUUGGCCAAAUUAAAACAUAUUGAGAAUAAAGUCACAUUUACAUCUGAUGCAAGAGACCCGAAACGCAUUAGUGCAAAUAGAGUGUUAAAAGAGUUACUUGCUGCAAAAAACGCUUUAAAACAAAAUUUCACACAUGAAAAAUCCCCAAAUUUAUUCGCUGCCCAAUCCAAUGGUGCUCAAAUACCACCAAAUGAAAGUGAUGCGACUUUUUCUAUGGCCACCAAUUCGACGGUGGAGGUGCAUGAUAAGGGUACAUCAAAACCCACAUAUACAAGCGCAUCAACUGCUGCGAAUGUUGAGCCAAUUUUUUGUUUCUCAAAUAAUAAUCUCAAUGUUAAUCCUCAUUUGGAGGUACAGGGUAACCAUUCCCCAAGCAAUCAAAUGAAUUAUGCCGAUGCAUUAAAGAGAUACGAUGGAAUUAUUCAAGAUUUGGCAAACAUGAUGAAUUUGUUAAGUACAAAAUUAGAUAAUUUUCAACAACGCAGUGCUCAAAAUUCGUUUGUGGAACACCCUAUAGCAUCUUCGAGAGCAAAUUCCGUUGGUCCCAGAAGAGAUCUUUCCUUUGAACCCCCUAUGUUGAGACAGGACCCUAUGCUCCCUCGUCAGUCCACUCCGAAUUCUUCUGUUGGAGGUCGUCGAUUGAAACCUCUGCAUGUUAAGGAUUGGAAUCUGAGCUUUUCAGGAGAUAGAAGAGGAAAAAAGGCACGGAUUUUCCUCAAGGAAGUUCAAAGGAUGGCAAUGAUACAAGGAAUUUCGCUGGAAGAAGUACAAUGGAGCAUGAGAUUUAUGCUGAGUGGUGGAGCAUUGACGUGGUACGAUUCAUAUUCACAUGUGUUGCUGAACUGCACUUGGGAACAAUUCAGUGUACGGUUUUUAAAUGCCUUCUAUGAUAGUGAAUCAGACUUUUCUGUGCGCAAAAGAAUUGAGGAGAGAAAACAAGGGCAGAAUGAGAAUGUGGAGGUGUUUGUGGCGGCAAUGUUGAGUUUAUUUGAGGAGUUAGAAGGUGAUUUAUCAGAAGUGGAAAAAGUGAGAUUAAUUCGCCGAAAUUUGCACUCGAGCUUGAGAAAUGCACUUUUACUUGUGGAAAUUCACAGUGUGGAAGAGCUUUGUGAAAAACUAAAGCUGGUGGAACGCAACCGAUCGUACGCGUAUACAGAACGACGUGAAGUGAAUGCGAUUUCUGCUAGUGCUCGCGGUGGUAACGGUGGUGCAAUACCAAAACGUUCCUCGAAUAAUCGUCGAAAUUCAGCCGCAAGUAAUUCAACGAAUGCCAGUUCUUCACGUGAUUCUGCCAAUGUGAGUGAUUCUAGUGAUACAAAUGUGCAAGGAUCUUCGCGAGGUGAUGAAGGUGAAAAUACCAGUGGAGUGUGCAUAUUUUGUAAAAAGUCUGGGCAUAAAAUCCGUGCAUGUAUGUUUCGACCACGUGUAUGUUGCUUUAAGUGCUGUAAACCGGGAGUGAUAACCCGUACGUGCCCCAACUGUAGUGCUUCGGGAAACGAACAGUCGACUCAUUGAAUGCUACAUCCGAAGUCGAAAACAAUUUAAUAGAACUAAAUGAAGCUUUUGAAAGCUCCCCUCACGAAAAUAAUGUGAAUGAUAAUGUGAGUGUGGUGAAUGAUUUAAUUGAUAUUACGUUUGAAAGUGAUGAAAUUGAAUGUGAAGAAGUUAGUGUCCCUAAUGAAGUUAUAUCUGUGGAUCAAAUAUUGUGUGGUGAAGAAAAUGUGGAUGAAAUUAUUGAAGUUCCGGUGUUUCAAAAGUUUGAAGGUGAUCCUAGACCGCAUUUAAAGGUGAAAAUAUUUAAUAUUGAGAUCAUUGGACUUAUGGAUAGCGGUGCUAGUUGCACAGUGUUGGGAGAAGGUUCCGAGAAACUACUGGCAGAUUUAGGAUUAAUCCCUAGAACAUCUACAGGAGUGAUUACAGUCGCCGAUGGAAAUUGCCAAAGGAGUGUUGGGUGGAAAGCUCUCUUACGUCAUUUAUACCAUUGUGUGCGGAAGAUAGGGCGAAAUUAGAUGAGGUCAUCAAUACAUUUCUCGUCACUACGCCGGAGUUCUUCGGAUGUACGCAGGUGUUACAACAUAAGAUUGACACAGGAGAUUCUGCACCAGUGCGGCGUAAUGCAAGACCGGUCCCGUACCAUUUAAUGCCACUGGUGGAUAAGGAAAUUGAGAGGCUGGUGAAUAGAAAAGUUCUUCGGGAAUGUCCAGAAAGUCCAUGGCUUAAUCCUGUACAAGUUGUGGUGAAAAAGUCCGGUGCAGUGCGUUUAUGUUUGGAUGGACGUUGGCUCAAUAAAGUGACUGUUCGUGAUUCAUAUCCUAUACCACAUAUUGAAGGAAUAAUCAACCGUUUGGAAACAUUUAAGUAUUUGAGUUCGAUUGAUCUCAGUGACGCCUUUCUACAAAUACCAUUGGAGGAGAAUUCGCAAUUAAAAACAGCGUUUGCAAUUCCGGGGAGGAAGAUGUAUUGUUAUAUGCGGAUGCCCUUCGGAUUAAUGAAUUCACCUAUGACGAUGGCGCGUCUUAUGAAUAUAGUGAUUGGCACGGAUCUUGAACCCAAGUUUUGCAGGAAGUUUCGGAACGUCUUCGUAAGGCCAACUUAACUAUCAACGUAGAGAAAUCUCAAUUUUGUGCGGAUCGAUUGGAAUAUCUUGGAUACACCUUAAGUCCGGAAGGUAUUGGCACCAAUGAUUUUAAGGUCUCGGCGAUCAUCAAUCUUCCAGUUCCACGUACCGUCACCCAAUUAAGACAAAUUUUGGGAAUGAUUGGAUGGUUCCGACGAUUUUUGCCUUCAUAUGCGACGUUUUCUAAACCCUUAACGGAUCUUUUAAAAGGAAAAGGAAAAACUGGAGGAAUAAUAUGGACUCCAGAGGCGGAUGAAGCAUUUGGUAAGCUAAAGGAAUUGCUAACUACAGCCCCAAUUUUAAAACUCCCCGAUUAUUCGAAACCCUUUAUUGUUAGGUCGGAUGCGAGUGAUGUAGGUGCUGGAGGUAUGUUGAUUCAAGAAGAGGAUGGUCAAGAGAAGGUAAUCUGUUAUGUUUCUAAGAAAUUUACUGACGCUGAACAGGGUUAUCAUACGACUGAGAAAGAAGCUUACGGUUGUCUUAUUUGCUUACGCAGGUUCGCUCCCUUCCUUUUGUAUAAGAAGUUUCGGUUGGAAACAGAUCAUUCGUCGUUGGUAUAUAUUUUGAAACAAAAGGAGGCAAAGGGUCGUAUUGGAAGAUGGAUCAUGGAAUUUCAACAGUAUGAUUUUGAGAUUGCCCACCGACCUGGUCGAGAAUUGGUAGUGCCGGAUGCCCUGUCUAGAAAUGUGGCUUCAAUAGCGACGAUGGAAGACAAAUGGUACGAUGAGACGAAGCAAGGCGUUGAAAAGGAGCCUGAUAAGUUUCCUGAAUUCAAGAUAGAAGACGGCAAUUUAUUCAAACACUGUAGAGUUGUUAGUCCAUUAAAGACAACGAGCUUCAAGUGGAAA